GUCUCUCGUAACAACGGAAUUACCCACUCCUUUCGCUUUGCUCUCAGCUGAGAAUCGCGCCCUUUCCGGCUCCCGUCAGUGAACCUGGUUCUGGAAGAUUCGAUGCACCCCCAAAAAAGCACCGACCACUGACGAGGCAGAUUUCGCGGAGAUCACCAGCGAGUGGACAGCGCUGAAAAAAUAUUGACGCCCGCACCCAGAACUGCUGCGAGCCUGUAACCAAGGCGACACCACCGGCCAGCCAGCGUCCGAAGCUCUUUAUCUUCAUUCUGCAUCCAAAGCUGCUGCUCUUCCCUCAAUUUUCCUUCUGCUUUCCCUGUGCUCCCUUGCAGCAGCAAGACAGUCCGAAAAGAAUACAGAAGAAUACCUACCUAGCUUUCCCGCGGCUGCAUGGAUUGAACCAACCACAUCUCACAUUCCACCACGGAGCGGAACCGGCUACUCACUUCACGGCCUUCAACGCACGACUAUCAACGGGACCUAUUUUCAAAUGAACAUCUUCUCCAAGUCCCCCAAAAAACCCAAGAAGACGCCCACCAGUGACGAGGAAUCCCACUCACCACGGUCGCGGUCGCCAUUGAAGAAAUCCUCCUCUUCCUCCUCGAAAUCAGGCAGAGGCAAGGAAGAGAACCACAGGCCUGGACAAGGGUCUGCCCGCAACAGUCGCAGUUUUCCUAAAGCCGGCCCAGAGUCUCCAAGGCAUCCCUUCGAUCUGAACACCCACCCUCUAAACCUCCCUCCAGACCAGAUUCGCAGGCUCUCUGCCUUGUCCAGCAUGUCGGACCCGGAUCGCAUGGACAUUGAUAGCGAAGGCCCAAAUGGUGCGCCAGCCUCCCCAUCACCUCAAACCAACAUGCCAGGCUCUUUCGACUCUCCGAAGAUGAACGGCACAAAUGGCUCUCAAAGUAAUGAAGGUCCUGUCCCUCCUCCACACAAGUCAAGCCCUACGAGUCCUGCUACGGUACCCGCAUCCACACCAGAAGAAGCGGAGGCUUUCAAGACUGCGGGCAACAAAUUUUACAAGGCGAAGGAGUAUAAGAAGGCUAUUGAAGAAUAUACGAAAGCUGUUGAAGCACAGCCUUCAUCUGCCACCUAUCUUAGCAACAGAGCGGCAGCAUAUAUUUCGAAUGGCCAAUACAACGAUGCCUUGAAUGAUUGUUCAAGAGCAGAUGAACUCGAUCCACAAAACCCCAAGAUUCUUCUCCGACUUGCACGCGUCUAUACCAGUCUAGGCCGCCCACAAGAUGCUCUGAGUACAUAUGCCCGCAUUCAGCCGGCACCAUCAGCAAAGGACAUCGCUCCUGCCAAAUCUAUGCUUGGACAUAUUGAGGUCGCAGAAGAUGCGCUGAAGAAUGGGACUACUGGAUCUAUGGCGCUACAUGCUCUUGACCAGGCUGAGAAAUUGCUUGGGUUGGGGGCUCCGAAGCCUCGAAAAUGGCAAUUGAUGAGAGGAGAAGCGUACCUCAAGAUGGGGAAUAUCAAUGCACUGGGAGACGCCCAAAAUAUUGCUAUGUCUCUCCUACGAAACAACAGCCAGGAUCCGGAAGCUUUAGUACUGCGGGGGCGGGCUCUGUACGCACAAGGGGAGAACGACAAGGCGAUGCAGCAUUUCCGACAGGCCCUGAACUGUGACCCAGACUACAGAGAUGCCGUCAAAUAUCUGAGGAUGGUUCAAAAGUUGGAUAAAAUGAAGGCCGACGGAAAUGCAGAUUACAAGGCCGGACGUUGGCAAGCGGCGAUCGACAAGUAUUCCGAAGCGCUUGAGGUUGAUCCACUCAACAAAGGCACCAACUCGAAGCUUCUGCAGAAUCGAGCUUUAUGCCGAGUUCAACUCAAAGACUACAACGGCGCAAUAUCGGAUUGUGAGCGUGCGAUUUCUCUUGACCCUACCUAUACCAAAGCAAAGAAGACUAAGGCAACUGCUUUGGGUCAAUCUGGUGAUUGGGAAUCUGCAGUACGUGAGUUGAAAGACCUGCAAGAGCAGGAUCCACAAGAUGGUAGCAUCGCGAAGGAGCUACGAAAAGCGGAAUUGGAGUUGAAGAAGAGCAAGCGGAAGGACUAUUACAAGAUUCUAGGGGUUGAGAAGGAUGCAGAUGAGAACCAGAUCAAGAAGGCUUAUCGGAAGGCUGCUAUCAUCCAUCAUCCAGACAAGAAUCCCGAUGAUGAGCAAGCAGCUGAGAGAUUCAAGGAUAUUGGCGAGGCUUAUGAGACUUUGAGUGAUCCCGAAAAACGUGCACGCUACGAUAGUGGUGAGGACCUCGUAGAUCCAAUGGAAGGCUUUGGUGGGGGCGGAAUGGGCGGGGGCAUGAGCAUCGAUCCUGAAAUUCUUAUGCAGAUGUUUGGUGCACAAAUGGGUGGAGGUGGGCGCAGUGGAGGAGGCUUUCAUCAGUUCGGAGGAGGCAUGCCUGGUGGGGGACGACAACGAGGCGCUCCACAAGGGUUUCCCGGAGGUUUUGCAUUCCAAUGAGAUGCAGAGAAUCUCAACCCACUUCAGCAGGAGGACGAACAUCCAAGAUCCAGGAAGUUCAACCAGGAUGAGAUAUUUGUUAGGAAUACGCUCUCGGAUGCCAAGUUACGAUACCUACGCAGAGUGGGUCUGGGAUUCUUGCUCGCGGGAGUCUUUGUUCCGUUGGAUCUACUGGCCUUUGUGGUGAUCUUGGUUGCUGGGGUUUAUUUUUGCAUCAUGGCUAUCGUGUACUUGCGUCAGAGGUUGGCGCUUCGUAGAAUGGCGGUUUAGAUCUCAUUGCUGGCGUUUGCAUGGGCUGCAGUUCACCAAAGAACAUGGACUUUGGACAGUAAUUCAACCGAUUAUGUACAAUGAAUUUCAAAUUGUUUAUGUGUAAAUCAAAAUAAAC